AGGCACUUUCUGUUUGAAAAUUUCAGCCUGAAAGGUGUGUGAGCAAAUGAACUUAAUCUCUCAGUAGGGUCUGUAAUCGCCUGUUUAGAAUGCAGAACUUUUGGAGAAUAUAGCCUUUGUAAUACUUUGGAAGAAAAUGGUGGCAGAUUAGCACAUUAUUGCUUCUCUGCCUCUUAGAAAGCACAGAACAGAUUUGAAAUGGGAAUCCACUUGUUGGAGACAGAUUUCUGUGGCCUUCGUCUUAGUCAGCACUGGGGGGUCAGCGAGAGCUAGUGACCUGCUUUCAAAUGGUAAAGCACCUGGAGCAGGUGCUAUACCAGCAGAAGGCUGCAUGGUUGGAGGCUUGCACGUGGCUCUGAAACUGACUGAAUAUUUCCAGUCAAUGUGGACUCGAGGAACUAUACUCCAGGAGUACAAGAAUGCAUCCAUCAUCCACUUGUACAAGUGGAAAGGUAACAGAUAAUCCUGCAACAGCUAUCAGGGAAUCUGCUUGUUGUCCAUAGCUUGCAAAAUUCUGCUGAAUCACCUUGUGCAACACACUGAACAAGGGCUUCUGCCUGAGAGUCAUUGUGGCUUCAGGAAAGGACAUGGGACCAUAGACAUGGUGUUUGCAGCUCAUCAACUUCAGGAGAAAUGCCAGGAACAGAACCCCAACCUGUGUAUGACUUCCACUGACCUGACAAAAGCAUUUGAUACAGUCAGUCGUGAGGGCCUUUGGAAGAUCAUGGCAAAAUUUGGUUGCCCGGAGAAAUUCAUCACAAUGGUUUGGCACUUCCAUGAUGGCACGCUCACUUGCCCUAUGGACGACGGUGAGUCAGCUGAACCAUUCCCAGUCACCAGUGGAGUCAAGCAGGGCUGUGUGUUGAUCCCAGCCCUCUUCAGUAUGAUGUUUUCUGCCAUGCUUAUAAAUGCUUUUUGUGACUGCGACACCAGAAUUGGCAUCAGAUACUGGACUGAUAGCAAGCUCUUCAAUCUGAGGAGACAACAGGCAAAAAUGAAGGUACAGGAAGUGACUGUUCAUGAUCUUCUGUUUUCUGAUGACUGUUCCCUGAAUGCCAUAUCUGAGUCUGACAUACAGUGGAGUCUGGACUAUUUCUCUUCAGAUUGUGACAAUUUUGGCGGACUAUGUGCAAAUGUGGGGGAUUGUAGAGGCAUUAGUCAACAAACAAAACUGAAGGUCUACAAAGCCAUUGUGCUGCCAACUCUGAUGCAUGCAUGCAAAACCUGGAUGGUAAACAGAUGCCAUGCUAUGAAGCUGAAUCACUUUCACACAGGCUGUCUGAGGAAACGGAUGAGGAUAAGAUGGCAAGACAAGGCUCCAGAUGCUGAGGUUCUCAUAUGGGCAGGUAUUUCAAGCAUCCAUACUCUAUUGAUAAAAUCACAGAUGAGAUGGGCAGGCCAUGUCACCAGAUGAGCGAUUGCCAAAGAUGAUCUUUUACUGCAAGCUAAAGGAGGGAAAGCGCUCUCAGGGAGGCCAGAAGAAACGAAGCCUCAUCUGUACUGGAGCUACAGCCUAUGAGCAGAUGAGAACUGCUGAGGCAGAGCAGCAGUGCCAGCAGCAUAAAUCUCACAACAGCAGACUGUCUGCUGUUAAUGAAGUAACCCAGAGUAGCAUCUCUUUUUUGGUGUGCCACAGACAAUUCAGAGCUCAAAUUGGCCUGAUCAGCCACUCACGUGGUCACAGGAACCAAACCAAUCAGUGAUGUCAUGGUACUCUUCAAACUCAAAGGACAAACAACCACCAACCUGAGAAGCUUUGGAUCCAGAGCUGUACUUCCCAACAGCAUAAAGAUACUCAAAUCCAUCUCUUGUAUUGAUUAGCUCAGGCAUAUGCCUCCUCAGCGGUUACAGUAAUCAGGAGAAUAAGAUUUGAUGUAUAAUAAACACCCUUAAGACAUUUCUUUGUGCUCUUUGGUUGCACAGAAACAGCCUCUAAAAAUUGUCUUGGCUAUUUUUAUCUCUUUCCUCCAAGAUAAUCAGAAGAAUUUGAAACUUGUUAGAGAAUAGUAUUAGGCCAUCUUUUCUUUAUAAUUAAGUGACAAUAUUUUAUGCCAAUGCCAAAAGGUAAACUAAGUGGUUCAAAUACAAUAACAAAUUACCCCAAUCUCAAACUAAACCAAACCUUAGAUUUGAGAUUUGAAAUUGUUUGGCUAAAUGAUUUUUUUGCCCAUUAUUUUUCAUUUUCACGCACACCUGCUCUUCCUAAUUAUGGCCAGGACAGCCCAGGAAGGGUCAUGAUAUGGAGAGCCUUCUGUUUUGAGAUUUCCAGGCUAACAAUAUAGACCCAAGGGGUUAAAUGGGCAUCUGAGCUUUUGGGUCUUUAUCCCAAUAGACCAUUUUAUUUAAAAAAAAACAAAUUGAAUCCAUCUCUGCCUAAAACUACCUAAAUCUAGUUAACUUGCAUUUUCAUUUUUCUUCUUGUA